CGUCAGCUUCAGUUCAGUCAUGGCCUCAGUUGUCUUCCGUAUUAGCUACGUCAAGCAUGGCGGCUGAAAUGAUGAACACUGGCGGGUUACUGAAUGGAUUGUCCACAACGUUGGGCGUACCAGAGGCUGCAGUUAAACUGUUGGCAUCUAUUUUUUUAGGUUUUCCAUUAGCAUUAAUUCACAGAAAAGCUCUAUAUGGGGCAGACUCUAACUUGCAGCAUCUGUUUUUCAUCGUUUCUGGUACCAUCAUUGGAUAUUGGAAUUAUGAUUGGGAUAUCCUACACUCAGCAUAUGCAUUAUGUUUUACCUACCUGACAUUGAGGAUACUUGGUGGAACUAACCUGUCAUUGAUCAUCACAUUCGCCGUCAACAUGAUGUAUCUACUUGUAGGAUAUUAUGCAACAAGUACAGAAGAUUACGACAUAAAAUGGACAAUGCCACACUGUGUACUGACCCUAAGGUUGAUAGGUUUAGCAUUUGAUGUGUGUGACGGCAAACAGAAAGAAGAAAAGCUGUCCUCCACUCAGAAAGAAACUGCUCUGAAAGAAACACCAUCUUUUUUGGAAAUGGCUGCAUUCAUUUAUUUCCCAGGCUCGUUUUUGGUUGGUCCACAGUUUAGCAUGAAGCGGUAUCUUAAGUACGUGAAUGGAGAAUUAAGAGAUCCGGACAACUCCAGUGAAUUACCUUCAUGCGUAGUUCCUGGUCUUUUGCGAGCCCUGGCUGGGCUGGGUUAUAUCAUAGCCUAUCAAGUUGGAACAAUGUACGUUUCUGACGAGUACAUACUUGAUCCAGAAUUUUCUAAAGUAAACUAUUUCAAGCGCUGGUUUUUACUCGGUAUAUGGGGCCGAGUUAAUUUGUACAAGUACAUUAGUUGUUGGCUGAUAAGUGAAGGGGUCUGUAUGGCUUUUGGUAUAACUUACAAUGGAAAGGAUAAAAAUGGGGUGCAACAGUGGGAUGGUUGCGCAAACGUAAAACUCUUGCUUUUUGAAAAUGCAACGCAAUUCAAUCACUAUAUUAUGUCGUUCAACAUAAAUACCAAUCAUUGGUGCGCAGAGUAUAUUUACAAGAGGUUGAAGUUCUUAGGCUCAAAAGUUUACAGUCAAGCUGGAACUUUAUUAUUCCUUGCAAUUUGGCAUGGUCUCCAUAGUGGAUAUUAUCAAUGUUUCUUCAUUGAAUUCAUCAUCAUGUACUUUGAAAAAGACAUUGGACCGGUACUUGAAUCGAAUAAAAAAUUGCAAGCACUUUUGAAAAACCCCUUGAGUGCUGCAAUCAUCUGGGUGUUCCUCAAAAUCUAUACCCUAGUUUUUAUGGGCUAUGCCCUGAUACCGUUCGUACUAUUGAAGCGUAGUAAAUAUCUUCCAGUUUUUGGAUCCUUCCAUUGGCUGGGCCACAUAAUUUUUAUGGGUUACCCAUUGAUAGCACCGUUCGUAAAAUCGUUGCUUCGUGAAAAGAGAUCAAGACCACACGAAGAGUAGAUGAUAAAAUAAUUUAAUGUUGAAUGCAAAGUUUUGCCGAAUUCACCUCCGAUUUGAUAAAUUCUAACGAAAAAUCCGAAUUUCACGAAACUAACAAUCAAGAGAAUCAAGUUGAAGUUUUUAUUUUUUUGACUUCAUUAAUGUAUUAUCCACGUCAAGAUUCUCUUUGAUUCCUGUUAUCCAGAUUGAAGCAAUUCAAUUUAUUGAAUCACAAUGAUGGGUAUCGAGAUACUUAGCUAUGCAUUAUUCAGAAACCAUCAUUUUAUCGAAUGUGUACCAUAUCCAACCUUGAAGACAUAUUUUAAACUUUUAUAGCCAUACGCACAUAAAAUUGUAUCGAUCACGCGUGAAGCGAGUAUUAUUAGAUCGGAGGAUUGAUUCGAAUUGAUAAUUUGAGGUGUAUCAAUACGAUUCACCGAAACCAUAGGCCUGGGCAAGUAUGUCAAUAGAUAGAGAUGUUUUCUAAUUUUCUAAUUCGACUAACAGUAUUGAAUAAUACAAAUGCCAAUAAUCUCUGUACGUAAUAACUUCUCGAUAGCAAAGCCGUAUUGAUUAUUAAACCUUGUAUUCACAUACUUACCCAAGCAAUUUCAUGGUCAUGGUGUAUAGAUAGUAUCUUGAAUGUAAAAGUAACGAAAAUUAUUUCUUCCUGCUUGCUGAAAGAUUCAUUGUAUGUUUAAGUACAUCAACGGGUAAGUUCGUAGAGGGGUGUACUAUUUUUUAAAGCUUUGUCCUUAGGCACAAUUCAACUUUGCGAGGUUUGUCAAGUGAGUUCACUGAUAUUAUCAUCCAGAGUUGUCUGUAUUUAUUUAUACAUAUAUGAUAUAGUUAUGUGAUUACAAUUUUUCAAUUGAUCACCAGUUUUCAACGUACGUUGAACCAAACGCUGACACAUAACUGAAAAAAAUCCCAAAGUAUUUGCCACAAAUUAAGGAAUAAGUGUAAAUUGUAAGCCUUCAUAUUAGCUCCAUAAAUCUAUUUUUUCAGCAUCCAGAUUUCUUUUACUCCCCACAAAAACCUUACAAUGUGAAACAAUCUUUUCACAAAUGACAGAAAGCUCGUAAAAGUAUCGAUUAACAACGAUUCAAAAACGUCGCGUCAUCAGCAGCUAAUCCAACUUUCAAUCUCUCCAGAAGGUACCAUAAUAUAUAUGUAUCAUAGUUCACAAUGUAACGUCCUCUGAUUUUUAUAGAGUAGAUGAAUUCCUCUUUUGAUUGUAUCUGAGGAAUAAUUGUUCUUGGUUGUGUUAGACUAUGUGCACCUUGGAUUCGUGUACAAAAUAGAGGUGUUAGCUAGCCCAAGGUGUUGAGGGUUUUUCGCUAAUCCUUCUACUCGUAUGUUGUAAAACGGGGAUAUAAAAAUGGAGACUGUGAGGUUUAAAUAUUGAAAUGAUGUAUUUUCAUAAGUUUUCUUACAAAAUAGACAACUUAAUAUUUACUUAAUGUCUACGUUAUAAAAAAAUAUAAAAUUACGAAGGUACUUUGAGAUAUACAAGUAUGAGUUUCCGCGUUUGCUAAUUGACUUUUUACCCUUCGCCUUGUUGUAAGUCAUUGCUUUUUUUUUUUUUUCUAAGUAUAACUUGAAAAUUAUCAUUCCGACAUUUUUCUUGCAGCGACAAUGAAGUAUCUUUUCCAGACAUAAAAUGCAAA